AUGGAUUUAUCGCCGCUCAUCUUCAUCCCAUCGUUGGCGGCUAUCAAGGACAAAAUUAUCCCACUUACUCCCUGGUGGGCGGUUGCCUACAUGUUCUGCUGCAAUAUCGGCCUAACAAUUGUGUUUGGCACCGACACUGGUGCGGUCUACAGCGUCGCGAUUGUAGGUUAUCUGGCCGCUGGCCUCGUCAUCACAACUUUGGCUGUGAACUCCCUGGUUUAUGUCGACAAUUCUGCAUCCCAGGCAGCUGGAGCUGGCUUCAUUCUCCUGUCCAUGGUGAUCAUUGUCUGGAUUUUCUACUUCGGCUCCACGCCUCAAGCCUCGCCCCGAGGUUUCAUCGACUCUUUUGCUCUGCAUAAGGAGAGCCCUCCUCCGUAUGGAAACGGAAAGCAUCUCUCCGGCGGCUUCGGUAACCGCCCCGAGACGACGUCCAGCCAGGCGCCUCAGAUGUACACCUCGGCCCAACUCAACGGAUUCGAGACUUCUUCGCCCGUGUCGGGCUAUCCUGGUGGCGCUCCUGGCUCGGAAAACCGCAACUCUUCGGCACCCCGCUUUGGCAACCCUUCGACCAGCAAUCUGCCUGCGAACGGCAGCGGCGACGUUGCGGGCGAGGUGCCCCAGCCUACCGAAUACCCUUACCGCGCCAAGGCGAUCUACUCGUACGACGCCAACCCGGAAGAUGCCAACGAGAUCAGCUUCUCCAAGCACGAAAUUCUGGAGGUGUCGGAUGUCAGUGGCCGAUGGUGGCAGGCCCGGAAAUCGACGGGAGAAACGGGUAUCGCUCCCUCCAAAUACCUGAUUUUGCUGUGA